CGAGGCUGCUUGUGAAGUCGAGGAAAGGGGGUCCCGGGAGCGGUGCUGAGAGAGACUUCCUCAGCGUGUGUCGCCGUCGUAGUCGUCGUCUUCUUCGUCUUCGCCGCCGCCGCCGCUGCUGCUGCUGCUUCUGCUCGAGACGAGUGCAGAGAUGCAGGGCAACGCGGACGUGAUGUCCCGCGCUGAGGACGUGGCUGACCAGUUCCUGAGGGUAACGAAGCACUACCUCCCGCACCUCGCACGGCUCUGCCUGGUGAGCACCUUCCUGGAGGAUGGCGUGCGCAUGUGGUUCCAGUGGAGCCUGCAGAGGGACUACAUCGACCGCAUGUGGGGCGCCGGCUUCGUGCUCGCCUCGCUCUUCGUCUUCAUCAACCUCGUCGGGCAGCUCAGUGGCUGCGUCCUCGUGCUCAGCAGAAACUUCGUGUCGUACGCCUGCUACGGACUCUUUGUGAUCAUCGCCCUGCAGACGCUCGCCUACAACAUACUGUGGGACGCACAUUUCCUGAUGAGGAACCUGGCGCUGGGUGGGGGGCUGCUGCUGCUGCUGGCGGAGAACCGCUCGGACGGACGCAGCAUGUUCGCGGGGGUGCCCACCAUGGGCGAGAACUCACCCAAGCAGUACAUGCAGCUGGGAGGUCGCGUGCUGCUCACACUCAUGUUCAUGACCCUGCUCAACUUCGAGGCCAGCUUCUUCUCCAUCGUGCAGGAUCUGGUGGGCACGGCCCUCAUGCUGCUGGUGGCCGUGGGCUUCAAGACCAAGCUGGCGGCGCUCACGCUGGUGCUGUGGCUGCUCGCCAUGAACGUCUACAUGCACCCCUUCUGGACCGUGUCCAGCAACAAGGCCAUGCACGACUACAUGAAGUACGACUUCUUCCAGACGCAGUCGGUCAUCGGCGGCCUGCUGCUGCUGGUCGCGCUGGGGCCGGGCGGCGUGUCCAUGGACGCGCACAAGAAGAAGUGGUGAGCGGCUGCGGCGGCGGCGGCGAAAGAUGGGCGCGCGACCGCUCUUGCGGUUCGCUUGCCCGCCCGCCCGCUCGCCCUCCGCUCAUUCGCUCGUGCGUGUGGCCACACGCCGCCGCACGUUCUCUCGGUGGACACGUUCAGAAGCGGUGCCCGCUGCCGCCACCGCCGCCGCCACUGCGGCACGAUGAGCUCGCUCACGUUUUCCGCAGCGCCCGAAGAGAAAGGCCCGCGACGGGCGCACGUCCUGGCGGUAAACGCGACGCUUCUAGACGACGGCAGCGCUCUGCCGUAGUCGAGUGUUUUAUCCGUUAUUGGCCGCAAGAAAUCAAAAUAAGUUUGAGGGCGUCUGGGGAAAACCUGGCCCGGCUUACGUUUGUUUGUCUGCACGUGCGGCGUAAUUUCUCCGUGCUUGCGUCUAUUCUCCCCCCUCCCCCCCCCCCGAGAUGCCUUAACGAGUCAGUAAGUCGGCAGCCCAACCGCUCCGUUAGCUGCCCCUUUGUGACGUUGCGAUGAUCGUUCGAUGUUUUAGCUGUCCGCGUUGAAAGCGUUGGGCGAGUUCGGAGAACGUCGCCUCCUUUGGGUGGGCAUCGCGCGCCGCCGACGUUUCUGUUUAGAGGCGAGCGAGAGAGACACACCGACUCUACGUCGGGCGAUGUACUCAAUGUUUAUUUCCACACGAGCCACGCUAGGACAGUGUUGCGUUGAAUCCGGGUAGUGGGUUUGGUUUGGAGGAUUGGGCAUGGGCCGGAUAUUUUGGGGUAAGACGUUUUAUUCCUCUGUAAAGCACUGGCUUGCAAAUGUGAAGGGCCCCCAGUAUUUUAAAUGCUUGAUAUCAUCAAAUUCCAUUUCCGUUUAUAAGAAGAUUACAUGGUCGUAACUUGCGUCAAUGCGAUGUCUGUGUGAUCGUUUACCAAAUUCACACCUCGGUACUUAAAUACUGUCAUGUGUUCUGGAACAAUAAAGAAUUUGUUUCCGAAGCAAACGAAGCUUCAAUCCUCUUAGCCCAUCCAACUUCAGCUUGCAAGGAAUGCCAAUCUGACAUGAAGUGUAAGAGCCACCUUGUUUAUGCAAGAUGCAGAAUUACCCCAGAACCACAAUGUUGUCAUGCCGCCCGGCCCUCUGGAUCGCAGCAGGGUGCUCUCUGUUGAUCGCUCCGAUGUGCCCUCUCGGCUCGUGCCGCGUGUUGCAACGUCCGACGUUGGGAGCUUCGGGGGAGGAGGGGACUCAGUUGAGCUGGAGAAAUAGAGAAGAGCUGAGUAGCGGGCACGCGGUAUGACUGACCAGCGGAGCACUACGGGUGGCAGCACGGCCGCGAAAUCCCACCGCAGUUUGGUGUUCUCAAUCUCCACCUCCUGCCAGGAGCUGUGCGACAUGUUUACGCGCCGGCCCGAAUAUCGCAGCUAUCCUUCCGAAAUCAAAGUUUGAAAAAAGUGUUGCGUCUAGGGACAAAGUAAGCCUUAAUAGAAAGAAAAAAAGUUUUUCAAGUUCACAAAGUCCUGCAUUUAUCCCGGUGGUGUCCUGCACUAUUAUUUCAAGUGAAUGAAAUAGUAUUUAUGCUUUCAGAGCUUCGUAUUUUUCUUCAUUAACCUUUGUCUUGAGAAGCUUCACCUGGUGCCAUUCGUUUCAUACCAAUGACUUCAUAGCAACCGUACGGACCACAGGCACAGAACUCGUGCACAGGUUUAACAGUGCCGAGAAAUACUAGGCCACUAAAUAUGAACACGACUUAAAUAAAUCGGGGGGGGGGUGGGGGGGGCCUGCUGCCAGUGAUGCUCGCCGUGACUGGAAACUCACUUUCACCACUGCUGUGAAUCGAGGGCAAUUUCCCCAACCGUUGGAUUAUAUAUUUUUACGUGACAAGAGGGUGGUAAUGACCAAAGCGGUGUUAUUUUUGAAUGAGUACUAAUACAUGUUUGCAACUUCAGGAGCCUCGCAGUGAUGUGCAGUUGUCAUGCUCGCACGCCCUUGCCUGGCACGUCAAUCUACACAGGAGCCGAGCCCUCAUCCAGUAAUCUAAAGUCAUCCAUUACUUGGCUGGUUUUCGGUCCGAUAACGCGGCUUAAUUGGACACCACCAAUAUAGUUGAGAAAUAGGGGACCCCGGGAGGUGAUGGCUGAGGCCUGUGACGUUAUCGGCCUCGUCGGCUGUGUCACGCUGGGCAUGGAAUCUCGGGGUAUCCCACCUUCAAAAAUCAUGUCCGUUGUCGCAAGGCUCCCCACGGUCCUUCCGCAAAAUGAUGAGAGAGGCCGAUGCCCAGCUUUGGUUUCUUUGCGAGUGUCCGUGACGCGUGACGUUCCGUUUUUCUGAAAGUUCAACAGGAGACCGGGAAGUUGACGGCCAUGCUGCAAUAUGACCCGUCUGGUUCGUGGUGAAAUCUUUCAAAAAAAGAAUCCCUCUUGGAAGCGACGGUGUCUUGAAGAGCACGACGUCCCACUGCCAACUUGCGCAGCGUGGCGUUUAGACGUUGGACUAAUUCAAACCGGUAUUUAUUACAUUGCAGCGGCGGUGGUGGCUUGGGGAGGUCUUGACCAUGGCUGAUGAUCAUGGUGAUGAUUCGGGAAGAUAAUCUUGGGCUGGUGAUUUUGCAAUUCCACUCAAAAAUGUUCACAGCAGUAGACAGCGUUGAUCCCAUAAUCUUCUGCGGGCUCUGUCGAUUUGCAGUAAAUAAAUGGAUUGGAAUUGCGAAUCGUUGCCCGUAACGAAAUGGAGCGGCGAUUGUGUAACGUCAUUGAUGACUUUCCAGGAAGACAUUGGUUCCCUUUUUGUUCCCAGACCUGUGCACACACGUGACCACAAACCUGCCGCAUAUGCGCACUGCUCACACACGGCUCUAGAGUAUGAUUGUGAUCAGUAUUGAACAACAAACCUAUGGGAGACAGAGGGUAUAGGUCACCUAACCAGCGGGUGUCAUACAAAGGGGAUGGGUCAUGCUAAAAUCUAACAAUUAACGUUUGUUUACUUCCAAAACCUCGUAACAUUACUGAUUUUCAGCCAGAAAUAGCCAAACAUUAACUUUUAGCCUCGCUGUGAAUAAAACCUGACGUGACGAUCAAAAAAUAAACGUCUGCAAUCGAGUCCAAGGAAAACGUUCCGUGUUUUGCGCUUCAGCUGUGGGAUUGUUGAUACGAAGCAGAAAUCAAAAUUUUGCCGCGGUGAAAUAUCGACGAGCGGUGGAUCGGCGCCACCGCAGCUGUGGUUCAUCUCGACGAUAACUGGAUGUGAAAGCGAAUCAAUUUCGAGUCGAUGUAGUGCCACGGCUUAUUAUCUUUUGUGCCCUGAGGACCGUCUGUAAAACGAACCGCAGGGCGCUGUUAACUCGCUGCGACGUUAAACGGGUUCAAAUGAACCUCCAUCCCACACGGGGAUGUUUCCACGUUCAAUGUGCUCGGAUAGCGCAGCGUGUACUGUAGCUGCUGCUGCUGCUGCUCGUGUGUUCAUUAUUUGCUUCAGAUCUCCGAUGUGGUUUUUUGGUGGCACUGUGUGGCGUCCGGCACGCGGUCCGACGUUUCACCACGCGCGUGCCGGGGGAGCUUUCUUCGUGAGCUGAAAACGGGUGGCCGGAGCCAAAAACGCAUCGGAAGAGCCGUACGCCUCGGGCCCCCGCGAAAGCCUCGGCAGUAGCAACGUUUUCAUACGGUUAAAACAAGCGGCCGCCUGUUCGUGCCGCUAACGCAGCGAGACUCGCCACACGAAUACAUCAACAACCUUUAAAUCUAACUGCAAUCUAACACUCCGCAUGCACCACGGGAAAGAUAAUUGCAGUUCAACGCGUGCGCUUCGCAACGCCGACGGUUUGUCAAAGACGGCGUUGACUUGCGGACGGGAGAUGUUGGUUUUAAUAAAGUUUCACUUCGUUUGGAUUUAACAUU